UAUAUGUAUAGAUGAACCGUGGACGUGAUGCAACUUCGUAGCAGUCUUGUGUCAAUUGCGUGAUGUGAUGUGAUUAGAGUUCUUCGUGCAUAGCCUUCUGCUUUUUUUUUAGGAAUGUCAUUCUUCGACUUGUUUCGAAAUUUUCUCGGUACGAAACGUCGCAACGAGCCUGGCACAAGCGGGCUUGGCAAUGAUGAUUCGUAUAGAGAUAGUUUUCGAAAUCCAAUUUGGCAGAGCGACGAGGAUGAUGACGACAUAGAUGAUUUCAGGCAUCCUAGAAGUGGGAUGCACUUUAGCAUCUUUAGCGAGCCACUUGAAAUGACACGUUACUUUGAAUCCCAGAUGGAUAAUAUGUUAAAAAAUUUCUUUUUUGGAUUCAAUAAUGGAUUUUUUGGAGAUGAAGCUAUUAAAGGAUUACCAUUUGCUGCACCUGAGAAAAAUGAUAAUUUACGUGACAAAAUGCUGAAAUCUUAUUUUGAUGCACCUGUCGCAGAUAUAUCACCUGAACAGAAAAUAGAUACAGAUUUAGAUGGAAAGAUAACUGCAGAAGACUUUUCAAGAAUGUGGAACAAAGGGAAUGUAGAAACAGUAAAACCUUUUGUACCACGUAGCUUUUCAACUGGAAGGUCCGUUAGAAAAGAGAUCAUUCGUAGAUCUGAUGGAACUAUAGAACAAAAGCAAAUAAUUAGAGACAGUGAAGGUAAUGAGAAGACGAUAAUUUCAAGGGAAAUAGGUGACAAAAAAUAUGUUGUCACUACAAAGAAAGAUAAAAACGGCGUCGAAACAAAAUCCGAGGAUUUAUUUAAUAUGGAUGAAGGCGAACUUAAAGAUUUCACACGAAAAUGGACACCUUCCAUAAACGAUAACAUAGAUGGUCAUGGUACGAUUUUAAAUCGCUUUCCAUGGGAAAAGUUUUUCGGUCCCAACCCCAAAUUAUAGUAGAAAAUGAAAUAAAUAGAAAGUAAUAGUCUCCUCCUUUUCCUACUAGCUAAAAUAUGACUCCCCUUUGUAAUCUAUAUUAAAUAUCCAAUAAAUUAUUGAAAUCAAA